AUGGCGUCGUGCUACCAGAGUUCUCGGGGAGCUGACCUCCAGGUCGAACGAAAGGACCAUGUAUGGAUGAUGGAGACGUGGGUGCCUCUCGCAUCAUUGAGGGAUGAAGACAUUGAAGAUGUUGUUAAGGACGCAACAGCCGCAUCAAGGUCUAUAGUAAAGACGGCAAAGAUCCUCUGUGAUGCUCUCAAGAACAUGGACUCCAUCCUAUCGUUGGUGGACGAAAUUGAGUCUGAAAAUUGGUUCCUCCGGAGUUCACCUCGAGGUGCGGUUGGCAUUGCUCUCAGAUCCUGGGGAGAAAAAUGGAAACUUCCAGUGUUAUAUGCAUUGUUAGUAAGAGCUAGAUACUAA